CAACAACAAUGCCGCGCUGCUGAAGUUGCGCUGUGAACAACGCAGCAAAUAUUUUUAUCGAACACACUGCUGUAAACUUCCACAUGUCGACAGAAGAGGAUAUACGAUUGCCGCCCAUUUCAAUGUCUGAAAGAACUUCAUUAGAGAAGGGGUUUCGACGGCCUAGAUCAAAAAUAUUUACGGCGAAAAUUGAGAGUACGUUGAACAGCUUUUCGACAUGGCCUGCACAUGUCAGUUCCCAAACUGUCAAGCCUAGAGGUCAAAAGCACGCUGGCGCUGAAGUGAACACACACCAUGGAUGUGGAUAUGAAUUUGGAGGCUCUGUAGCAAAGCCUCGGUUCCUGGAGCAACUAGAGUGCUAUCUUAAGGGAGAACUGACAUCUUUAGACAUGCUCAGCCCUAAACUCCAGGAAGAAAAACUUCAGGCAUACCGGGAGGUUUUUGACUAUUUUAUUGAGGCCUUUAAAACAUACAAGCCACUGUUGUCUGCUAUCAAAAGGGAAUAUGACACCACUUUAUCAUAUCUGCAGGAGCAGAUCCGAGAGCUGGAGCCUCUCCGCGCCCAACUGGUGCUGUUGUCUGAGCAAUGUGAGCAAAGGAUCCUGGGCUUGAGGGAGCUGGAGCGGGCUGAGAUCAGGGCUGUGAAACAGGAGCAGCAGCAUCUGCUGCAAGUGAUAGAAAGCAUGAAAGAGCAACAGCGUGGCUUGCAGACCCAGGUGUGUCAUCUAAAGGAGGAGCUUGCAGCACAAUAUCUGCUCUACAGGGAGGAGCGAGAUGCCCGAAAGCUGCUUAUUGCCAGUAUCAGCAACAUGAGCUACAGCACAGAUGAGGAGCCUGAGGAGGAGCAGGAUGGUGAAAAAGUGCUAAAAGAUGAUGAUCCUGUAAAGGAAAAGCUGGCUCUGAAGGUGUGUAGAGAGGAUCUAUCCAGGGCCCAGGUGGAGCUUAAUCGCUUGCAUGCAGAAUAUGGGGAUGUGGUUCCUCGUAGGGACUGGGAAAAUCUAGACUGCAUGUACCAGGAGAACCUGUUAAAGCUGCAGACCUUACAGUCAGACUUUGACCAAAUGAAAUCAGAGUAUGACACUCUGCUAGGUGUACAUCGAGAGGUCAGCAUGCAGAGAGACAGCCUUCAGAGUGAGCUAGAGGUUUUUCAAGAGGCCUCCACGCCGAGACCACAUUGGGAGCAGUGUGCAGAUGUAAUUGGUAGCAGGGAGCGCUGUUCUCAGCUCUUGGAUGGCCAAUCCAGCCAGAAACGGCUGGAGAUUUUGCUGGAGGAGCUAAGCAGCAUUAGCUUGGAGCAGAAGGAGUUUUUUACUGGACUGGGUCGCUCCAGUGACGUUCCCAUCUAUCUGCACUAUGAAGGGCAGCUGAGGAACCUCAGGUUGAAAAAAAACGAUGUUCUCAGGAUUAUAAAGGACAUAUGGAAGGGGAAAGCAUCUGAAGAUGAAAAGCUGGAUGCCAGCAGCGAUUUGAAGGAAUUUUUACACAAGUAUCUGGAGAGGCAGCAUGGUGACCAGGCAGGAGAGUGGGCCUACAGCCUGCUGGAUGCCAUCAAGCGUUACCUGAAAGAUGACUUCAUAGGCCUCUUCUAUGAUAUUCUCACUGGCAAGGUGGAUGAGAGUUUGUACCAUGGGCAGACCCUCUUACUGUCUCACCUCCUCAAAGUGUUCAUACAGACUGACAGUGCUGAGACUGGAUUGUUAACUCUAUCCGAAUUCAGUGAGGCCCUGAGGAUGGCUUUCCCCCUGAAGGGGGAGCAGGAUAUAGAGGAGCUGGUGGUGGCUGCUCAGUCAAACCAAGAAACCAGUAAGGGAAGCAUUGCCUAUCAGAGGCUGUACACAGAGGACUCUGAAGGGGGAAACAGUGAAUUUUUGGCUCUGGUAAAAAGGCAGGGUAUGGCAGAGAGACAUCAGUACAUUAACCAGCUGAAGGUGCAACUAAGAGACAGAAGGGAAGUGAGUGUGGAGGAUUUAAGAACUGCUUUCAAGAUCAUUGAUCCCACAUUGGAUUCUGCAACUCUGGAUUGGAAUUUGAGCAUAGUCUUUCAAACUAAAGAACUGCGCCUGCACACAGCACUUCUAGACACUGAGGUUGCACUACAGCGCCUCUCUGUGGCCAAUGUGAGCAGGGCAGGCCCCAUGCCUCAAUUGGAAUAAUCUCGUCACAGUUCAUUUUUACAUCUAGUGCAUUGUGUCUGAAAUUCAAUUUUAUUAAAAAAAAUAAAUGGAAAAGUACAACAUUAAUUUUAAAAAGUUCUCCUACAAUAUAAAUUUGACAUUUUAUCUAAAAUUUUGUUACAAUCUUAAAUUUAAGGAAAAGUGGCUCCAUUUUGUUUUAUAUAAAGAGUAGUUUGGACUGCAAAAAUUGUUAGUGAAUGAUAGACUUCACAGCAACACUGGUAUAUCACAUGUCACCUCUAUCUUACUGAGCUAAAAAUAAUCAUUCUAAAAUGGUGUCAAAAUGUUUAAUAAUUAAUGUUAUAUAAUUAUGUUAUGAUUAUAAUGCAAUGUUUUAUAGAUUGAACAAUGUUAUGUAGCACUAAGUGUGUCUUCUAUAGGUACGAUCCUAUACACAUAGCUAUAAGUUUGAUAGCAAAAGGUCACAUCCUGUGAAGGUGGCAUUUUGUGUUAUCAGACAUGUAGUUCCACUUCAUGGUUUCUGAGCUUGAUUAAAACAGAAUGGUCAAUGAUUUUAACUCAGGACAGGUUAGAGAGUGGCCAGAAGGGUCAGUGACCAAGGACCUCAAGACCUUGCCUGUUGUAUGGCUGCUGUUAUAUAAGGCACUACUGCUUGUUGCCCCAAAAUACAGCUUUGUGUGCCUUGAUGACCAGCAUAAACUGGAUCUCUCCACUGACUUCUUAAAGAAGUAUCCACUGACUUCUUUUCACCAUCUUGACCUGGUGAAAAAUAUUAAUAAACAACAGAAAAUCAUGUUUUUGAUGAACAGUAAGAUAUAAGAACCAUGUAACACAAAACCUAGACUGACUGGAAUGAGGCUUAUUGAAGGAUUCAAGGAGUGGAAAACCUCAGUUCCUUAAUAAAGAGAUUAAGAUUUCGGUUAAGUAGUUUAUCCUGGGGG